CUGCUUUCCUGUUGCCAAGGUAACAGGGAAACUAGGUAGAUUUUGUGUAAUCUGUCGCUUUUUUUGUUGUUCAGCUGGUCUGCACUUAUUUUUCCCUUUUUCAUCUCCUUUUCAUCUCUUUUUUUUUUAAUUUUUUCUUUAUUCAAUGUCAGUUUGCACCGUCAGAGUGGCUUUGAGAGUAAGGCCACUGUUAGAAAAAGAAGAGACAAAAAGCUGUAUUACUUUUAUACCCAACCAACCACAAGUUAUCGUCGAUCAAAACAGACAGUUUACGUUCGAUCAUGUCUAUUCUCCAUCUGUUACCCAGGAAGAAGUCUAUCUUUCUUGUAUUCAACCUUUAUUUGAUCAGUUUGUAAAAGGAUAUAAUGCUACUGUAUUGGCUUAUGGGCAAACGGGAAGUGGUAAAACAUACAAUAUGGGUACAUCUUAUCACCAUCAGGACCCAAAGCAUUAUGGAAUUGUACCUCGUUUUGCAGAAAACCUAUUUCACUGGAUUCAAACUCAGACGAACAAUAGCAACACAUCUUAUAAAGUCAGAAUAUCAUUUCUUGAGCUGUAUAACGAGGAUCUCAUAGACCUACUGAAUAUCAACAAUAACAGUAUAAUGAUCAGAGAAGAUUCAUUAGGAAAUAUUUCUUGGUCCGGAGUCCAUGAAGAAGUAGUCCAUGAUACUAAAGGCUUAUUAAAUUGUUUAUACCAAGGAUCUAUAGCACGUACAACAGCUUCAACAGACAUGAACAGUCAAUCAUCGCGAUCGCAUGCUAUCUUUAGCGUAACACUAGUGCAAAGCAUACAUUCGACUAAAAAAGAAAUCACAUCCAAAUUCCACUUUGUUGACCUUGCAGGCUCAGAACGGUUAAAGAAAACAAAUGCUGUAGGAGAUCGAGCCAAGGAAGGUAUCUCGAUCAACGCCGGUCUUUUAGCUCUUGGGAACGUCAUUUCAGCCCUUAGCGAUGGCGGACAGUACAUACCCUAUCGAAACUCCAAAUUGACACGUUUGCUGCAAGACAGCUUGGGUGGCAACAGCCAGACACUGAUGCUUGCCUGUGUCUCUCCAGCAGAUAGCAACCAAAACGAAACGCUGAGCACGUUAAAGUACGCGAAUCGAGCCAAACGCAUCACAAACAAGAUUACUAUCAAUCAAGAACAAAGCGAGACAGAUGCCUUAAAGGAGGAAAUCGCCCGUCUUCGAGAAGAGAUCCAGAUCAGUGACGCCUUUAUUAAGGAGGUUCAUGUCGAGUUGGAUGAGCUUCGAAAGAGAAACCAAGUGUUGGAAGCUGCAUUAGGUAUAUCUCAGCAUAGCAUCAGAGAGAGCCCUAAGGACGAUGAUGAUGUUACCUUGGUAGGUUCAUCUAGUGACGAAAAGUCAAACAAUCGCCUAUCUGUUCAGAUUCCAGUUCGUACCUCCAGCUCAACAAGGCGCAAAAAGAAGCCGAGUCAUUCCAACAGUUCGAACAGGAAGAAGUUAACUUCUCAGUGUUCAUCCAACACGAGUGGCGUACCUGAUAAACUAGAGUUUAUUGAAAAGCAUAAACAUCGUAUAAAGAAGGAAAGCAUGUUUCUGAAGCAAGCUAGGCUGGUUAAAGAGACGGUGGACGUUGGUAAAUUGAUCAGUUUGUUUCAAAGCAGUUUGAAAGAACAAAAGCAACUUGUGUAUUAUAUUGAGAAGCAUCAUACUAUGCGUCAUCAUCCAACGACAACAAAUGAAGUACCAGAGACAAAGAUCAAGCGAUCAUCGUUACCUCAGCCAAAGCAGGUGAAGAGAAUGUCAAGUGAAAAGACAAGCAGUCAACAUAAGCAGUUACAGAUUGAAAUUGAUCGACUCGUCACUGAAAACGAAAAUAUAUCCGCUCAAAUGAAGCAGAUGGGAUUGAUUGUGAAAAGAGUAUUUAGUAUGAUGAAUAAUGCAACCAUUACCAUUCAGCAAAUCAAGCCUGUAUUAAAUAAGGCUAUUGUUAUUCACAACACGCUGAUAAAGCAAAAGACAGGUGACGUGGCCAAGCGUCUUUCUAAUCCACCAAAACCAGUUGAUACAGUGUAUCAUGAAAUAUUAAAGGUUAUUUCAAUAGACAAUAUCAAAAACCAUCCGGCUUGUGCUGAAAUAAUACAGGAUUUGAAGCAGAAAAAGAUUCAAUUGAUGAGAGAGCAAAAAGAGCUACUAAAGGAGAGAAAGGAUAUCAUUAGAGAAUUUUACAAUGAUGACACUUCCCAAGAAGAUGGUCAGCAAUAUAUGGAUGAAAGAAUCGAUGAGAUCACCAUUCAGGUAGAUUACUUGUCUCAGCUAAUUCAGGAACUGACUGCACCCACAGCCAAUAAAUACAAUAUAAAGCAGACGAUCAGUGAUAUUAUACAGCCACUAAGAGACACUGAGUUAAAGUCACUUUUAUUGCUCUUUAUUCAGCAGGAUGUCAUCAAAGGUCAUAUCAAAUCCAUAAUGCAUCAACUAACUGAGGAUAACCUAUACAGAUACCAACAAGGGUUUGUUCAAUUACGACGACUUGAUAAAGUAAUGAACAACCAUAUUCUUCAAGGCUUAUUAAAAUUACCAUCAAGAUUCUUAACAAAUGGACUUGUUUUAAUCUCUGGAAAGAAAUAACAUGUAAGAUAGACCCUCUUUUUAUAUACAACUUUUAAUAUUAUUCCCCCCAUUAAUUAAUAAAUACUUAUAAUAAACACAUUUUUUUUGAAGAAAUCGAGAGGGAAAGGAAGGUGGGAACAAUGUGAUAGACGCUCUCUGGUAUCGUCGCGUUGGACACUAUUAAGUCUAUCCCUCUCCCAAAAAAAAAGUGAAUAUCCACAUGUUGCUAGCUUAAAAGAUAUGGUGAAGAAAGGACAAAGAGUAUAUAUUAGGGUUUGAAGCCAGCAUUUUGAAGCAUAGCACACACAUUGUUGAAUGCUGACUUUUAUUUUUGACCAAGUAUCUUUAUUAUACACCAUUUCCAGAAAGAGAUG